AUUUAAAAAUUUACAGCUUGUUGACAAAUUAUGCCAUGUAUUGCACGCUGCAUCGGCUUUACUGGCUCAGUUAGCCCACAGGCCAUAGACUAGCCGUGGAUAUGCAGCGAUUCCCCCAUCGUAAUAUUGCAAUAAUCUUUCAGAUUGGAAUACCAUGCCGGAGAGAACAAUGCGACCGCUGGCCCGAGCCAAUGCAACGUCGCUGGCAUAAAUAUUCCGAAGUUUGAAAGCCCGAACAGACCAUUGACCUGCUGUACCGUUAGUAUUUGGUAGGUUCAUCGUUCUUUGUGUUAAAUAUAAGAAAACUCAGUGAAUGACCCCAACUUGGCUGAACUGCUGGACUGUGACCGAGUUUGGCCCCGGCUACAUCUUCCUGGUCCUGCCGUCGUUGACACUGACGAGCCGGGAGUGACAAGCGCUCAGAAGAGCUUGGAGUAAAAGUUACUAAAACUGCGAGAGCAGGCCCCAAUCGAAGUGAAGUCGUCCCCUUCACGUUUGCGAAGUUGGCGGGCGAGAGAUGAGCAGCAUGGACAGUUUGGGUAACUCGAAGGUCGGAGAACCGGCAGCGGCGGUUUGCAGCCCUUCCUGCGGCCGCGUGGGUCGUUCUCCUUCAAUGAGGAGCGGAUGGUGUUGGUGUCUUCUUGCCCUGGUUCUGUGUGCCAUCUUCCUCCCAGCGCGGACAAACGAAUCGCCGACUUUGGCAAGGGAGCAGUCUUCUCAACCACCUUUGACUUUGAGCCGAAAUGGCUACCUGAGGUCUGAAGUUACCGGCACUCAUUCCCAGUAUGCUGCUCCAGGCAGACACAUCAUACUGCACUGCAAGGCACCUAUCACGGCUCACUCGGUGAUCAGCACUGUGUGGCUGAUACGAGAAGAGGUCAUCACCCAGCGCAGCCGCCACUUAGCUAGCACCAUCUGGCAGACGCUACGCUCCAGGCACUCGCUGCAGACCAGCGCCUUGCACCUGCACGGCAUCACAAGCAAUUGCAGUGGUAUGUACCGCUGCUAUCAGACAUGUGUCGACACCAGUGGAAACUACUUCCUGUCCGAAGGUCACAAAGUUGUCAGCAUCGUUUCGCGUGACGAUUACAUUGGCCGAAACCGGCUGGAACGCAGCGCGUACCUCGACAUGGCGUAUGGUCCCGUCACCGUGCGUGAAGGAAGCACAUUCAAACUGCAAUGCCAUGGCACAAGUAGUGGGCUGGUUUUCUGGGACAAGGACAACAAGACAUUCCGACCAAGUAAUGGACGGGUGAAAGUCAACCAUGUUGUCGGAUCAGUGACGUUCGAUGGAGCUCAGCUUGAUGAUACUGGUCUAUACCAGUGCAGAGUGUCGAAUCAGGUUCUAACGCGGACUCAAACAUUCCAGUUGACAGUUGUUCCAGUAUCGCAACAGGAUGGUGUACCAGCUGUGCCUAUCAAAGCCAUCGUGCACGGGCCCAGCAGUGUCCGCACAGGUCAGUCAGCAACAUACAGCUGCUUUAUGUUUGGUGUGGGUGAUAGCGAAUACAACGUUUCAUGGCAAGCAGCUGAUGGGUACACGAUGCAGGAUGCCGGGCAGGGCCAAGUCACUUUGCACAAUAGCAAUGCAUCCUUCGGGCAAGAAACACCGCUCUCUUGCAGUGUCGCGGAGCAAGCUGGUGAGGAGCGCCUUCUGUCAUGGGCCACGCGGACAAUCAAGUCACAACCGGAGCUUCUACCAAGGCCUCGCAUUGUCAGAUACAAGCAGGUGAAACACUUCUUACGCAUCAAGGCAUCGCGAUCAACUCCAGAAAGUGUCAGGUCUCGUGUUAUUGGUAUUAGCUUCCAGCUGUCGACCAGCCACUGGGCAUGGAAUCAGACGCUCCUUCUGGCGUUUGAUGAAAUCGCAGGGAAGAAGGUAUUCUUCACCGAACUUGUGCACGACCGGAUUGAGCUCCUCCAACACCUUUUCGAGUCCGAGCUUACUAUAAAAGUGGCGUUCCUGGACAGAUACGGACCCGGAUUGUGGCUCACUACAAAAGUCAAUAUUUCAACAGUGCCGAUAGCUCCAACUUACAUAACGGCAUCGCUUGUGCCCAGCCAGCCCAACGCAGUGCGCUUACAGUGGGAGUAUCCCGGCGUGGCAAACAGGACACUGACCCUGAGUAAGGCGCACCUGUCUCAACUACAUCUGAGUGUCAAGUACAACAACCUGGCGAGCCCUGACGACUUCAACGUUUGGCACACUGCAAUCGACAACGAGCUCGUGGACAUGUCAACCAGCCGCAGCAUCACUCUGCACAACAUUCCCGCAGGUGGCGUAUACCGCUUUCGGAUAUGGUGGAGCAAGAAUGGAAAGAGGGCUUCGCUUCCUCUUCGCGCCCACAACCUUGUUUCCCUCCUACAGGCGGAUAUCAGGAAGCGAGAAACAGCUAGUAUGUGCGUGCUAUUCGCCAUCAACGCCAAUCUUCCUUGUCCUGUCCACAACGGAUCUUCCGUGACAUCAAGGGUUUCCGCUCACUUCCACGCGCACCUCAACAGUCUUUGCACUGACUGUUACUUCGAAAGCUUGCCACUUUCAGACCUACCAUUUCAUGUGGGGUCGUGUACUGGCACUCAAACAGUUGCUCGCUACCAAGUCUUGUUACGGACAAGAGUCAAGCGGUUCACCUCGCGACCGGUGUGUGAGGUUCUCAGUGACAUCAAAGAGAGAUUUGUCCGGGACUUCAGAAGCUCCCAAGCAGUCGUGAAAGAUGUCGGGGUGCUUAAAAUCUCAACGGUAUGCGCAGAAUGCCAGGGCAAUCACUCCCUCUUGCUGACCUGCCUGCAGGGAGUACUACCUUAUUCUGUCCAGGGCUGGUACAUUAGCCAGAACCGUAGAGACCCCACAGCGGCAACCUGUCCAGGUGCGGCGUAAGCUUUGCACACGCUGCAUCAAAAAGCCAAGAGGUUACUGGUGAGUUGAGUACACAAAUAUCACUCCAUCAUCAUCAUUAACUCAAUAUCUACCUGCUGCCGCUGGGUCACAGACCCAUGCCAGCACUUGAAGCUUUUUUUGUUUGUGUUUUUUUUUACAUCUCCCCAUAACCUUCCAUCAACCAAUCAAACUUCCGCCAAUUAGCUGUCAAGGAAAGCCUAUAUAUAUAUAUUUUAUCACCUGAUUGCAAUCGGCUCUAUCGUUUUUUCAAAUUUCUCCAACCCUCGAGACCUAGAGACUCUACGUAGGACGAUGUGACACCUAACUUGCUAGUGCCGCAGAGACCUGCCUCUGCCACUGGCUUGCAUGGGUGUGGUGAACCUUUUCUGGUCACGGCCAUAUUUUUGCAUACAAUCUACUUCGAAGCACUCUGCCAGUUUGGACGAAUGAAGUGACUGGGCCUUUAGAAAAAUCCUAUACUAUGUAGUAAGACAGAACCCAGGGAGUCGUCAAAUACCGACUCCCUGAUAGAACCUAUGUAGUAAGAUGGAACCUAUGUAGUACGUAUUCUAUUCUUCUCCUUAUAGCCAGUAUUGAACAUGGCCGUCUGCUGCUGCUGCAGCUGCUACUGUUGGCAGUGCUGCUGCUUCUGCUGCUGCUUGCGGGUCAUGUUUUCUGUGGCAACUUUUCUCAGGCCAUCACGCUGCCCUGUUACCAACCUUUACCUACCCAAGACUUUUCUUCUUCUACUACCUCGUCUCGUCUUCAGAAACCUCUAGCAACAUUGAACACCCGUCUAUUUACCGGUAGUACUCGCUCUUAGAGUUCUUACAUCUGUAAACUGACCAACAAACAUUGAAAUUGACCCUGCUCUUCAUACUCUUUUUUCUUUUAUUGUGCACACCGAACUUAUUUGAUGUACAUUCGUUGACUUUUGUUUCCAUUACUGGAAGGAGUUGAUAGUGAAGGCUUGAAAUAUACUCUUCUAAGCUCUUGAA